UUCUUUCCUACGCCACUGCUGAUAUGACGAGAGCUAUUGGAACAUCGAAACACGUUUUUGUCUAAUCCUAUGGUCAAUACAUUGAAACAGAUGUCAUUACUCAUACAAAGGUCAAUGAAACGUCAGAAAGGAAAGCUUAUGUGAUUGGUUAGCAUGAUAAGAAUUAAUUUCCUAUUCAAAAAUCUAAAGUAAACAAAGGCGAAAAUACUCAAGUCUCAAGGGUGUUGUCAGGCACUGAAAUAUCAUCUCAGUUGUUUCAGUGUUUGCUGUUGCAAGUAAAUGAAUCGUUUUGGUGUAAUAGCUACCGUUGCUGGUGUAGUCUCUCUUCCGGUCGUUUACACAAUGUUUCGAAGAUAUAUCGCUGGCGGUGUAUGUACAAGCGAAGCGAGGAUGGAUGGCAAGACUGUCCUAAUCACAGGUGCGAAUGCUGGCAUUGGGAAAGAAACUGCAAUCGAUUUGGCGAAGCGAGGUGCCCGUGUAAUCAUGGCAUGCCGUGAUAUGAAGAGGGGAGAAGAUGCUUUAAAUGAUGUUGCAGAGAAGUCUGGCAGUUCUAAUUUAGUUUUAAAACAACUUGACCUCGCAUCCCUCGCGUCCGUUCGUACGUUAGCUGAAGAUGUCAACAAGACCGAACCGGCGUUACACGUAUUGAUCAACAAUGCUGGAGUGAUGAUACCCCCUGAGCUACAAAAGACGCAAGAUGGCUUCGAAAUACAAAUGGGAGUAAACCACUUCGGACAUUUCUUGCUAACAAAUUUGCUUCUUGAUUUACUGAAAUCUUCACAACCUUCCCGCAUCGUUGUGGUCUCAUCUAUGGCGCAUUCCAUGACAUCAUCGUCAUUCAACUUUGAUAAUAUCAACUGCGAGAAAUUCUACCGCAAAUGGGAUGCAUACGGCCAAAGUAAACUGGCGAAUAUUCUGUUCACAAGAGAGUUGGCAAAGCGUUUGGGAGGCACUGAUGUAACAGUUAAUUCCCUUCAUCCCGGUGCUGUCAAGACUGAACUCAGUCGUAAUACAGGGACCAUCGAGUCAAUUGCUUUUCAAUUUAUGUUUCUGUUUUUCAAAACUCCCAAAGAAGGUGCUCAAACUAGUAUUUACUUGGCAGUGUCUGAAGAAGUGGAAGGUGUUACUGGCUUGUAUUUUACUGAUUGUAAAGUCAAGGAGCCAUCGCAAGCAGCCCAAGAUGACGAAGCUGCCAAAAAAUUGUGGGACGUCAGCGCCAAGGCUGUAGGACUGGAAUGAUAAAAAAAACAAUUCGCAAAACCGAGUAUGCAUCGUGCUGAGGCAAGGCAGCUUCUUUCCCGAACUGUUUAAUGAACUUUGCGAGGAAAGCACUAAGCAAGCAGGGUUGUUUGAGAAUGUUGCUACUUCCCCAAGAACCACCACAGGGCACAGGCUAAGUGCUUUACGCGCAAAGUUCACAACGAAAUUUGCGACUAUGCCAGUAUGGUACAUUGUACUACCGUGGUGGUACGUGGUGAUACGUAAUAGUUAGGGUGGGGUUUGGGUGUAAACUUUAUUAUUAUAUUUGAAACAUUGACUGUGAGUAAGGGAAAAACAUGUAUUAGUCAGUAGAAGACUUUAGAUGAGAUACCUUGUAAAUUAAAAAAAAACCUAAUCAUUUUACCAAGCUGACAAAAAGAGGAGAAACGAUAAUAGACCUUUUCGCUAAAUACGUCACAACUUUAUUGUUUUUAACUGAAAUAGAUUUCAAGUUUUACUCUCGCGAGCUAUAUGGAACGGUCAUCAGUAAUUUACAAUUUCAGGAACAGAGAAACUGAUCUAGCACCACCCAUAACAAAAAAGUUGGUAAAAGGUGUUUCAAUUAUAAUGCAACCUUGAAUU